AUGUUAUCUGGUCUCAGUCUCUCUGAAAUAUCGCACAUUGGUAUCCAGGCCAUUCCAAUUUACGUCACCGACAUUACGAUCAAAGAGCAUUAUGACUUUUCUCCAACUGCGGGCAACGCUUUCCCCACAGAGACCGCGCCGGAUACAAGUAAUCACGGGGCAGCAAAACCAUCCCGUCGAGAUCGUAUCAAGGGCUUAUUCUCAUUCCGAGCCCAACCGCCGCCGGAACCAGAGCCAGAGCCUAAACCUACGCCUACGGUCUUUAGACUUCCCCUCCCGACAAGUAUAAGAUAUGCGAAUGUGGCAAUCAGUCGCAUUGAUGAGGAUGGAGUGGCGAGAAUAUAUGGCUAUAUACCCAUUAUCGUCGCCAAAACCGGCGUUUACCUGAAGGAGAAAGCCACGGCCGUUGAGGAUAUCUUUGCAACUACCGGAAAUCCCGUACGAAUGAGUGAACUACAAACAAUAUUUGACUCGCCCGACAGAUACGGCAAGGGUUUAGUAUGGGACGGAUACACGGUUCACGACGCAGCUGGGAUUCUUCUCCGAUAUCUCAAAAGCCUACCCGAGCCUAUCAUCCCGUACCAUCACUACAACAGCUUUGUUGACGAGCUGGGAUUCUUCAUCGACCGAGAGUUAACACCAGAAGAGUCUUCCCAGGCUUUAGAGCUGGCUAUCAAGCUUGUCAUAGACAUGCCCCCAUUAAACCGCCAGUUGCUGCUAUAUAUACUUGAUAUGCUACACGUUUUUGCAGAUAAGUCUGCCGUCAAUAAAAUGACAGCUCUCAGACUGGUUAGCAGCUUUCAGCCUUCGAUCCUGUCAGGGCCGCCGGAUAAGAUGGAUGCCGAGGCACAUCACGUCAGCGCUAGUGUGGCGAUGUUAUUGGUCUCGUAUGAGACAGAGGUCUUGGAAGCUAUGGAUAAGAUACUUGCCGAUAGGUAG